CUCUCCUCGCUGCUCCCCUCUCCUCUCCUCCCAUCCUAGAGGACAGAGCGAUGCGGAGACAAUAGGACGCAGAGCCGGAGGAGGCUGCAGGAUGCUCGGCGUCACAUCCACACUCACACCGCUGCCAGGAGGUUUCUAACAGGACACCGGGAUCAGGCGUCCCCCCUCCCCCGCCUCACCUGGUGUUAGUAUGCGCUCAUCUGGUCCUGCGGGUUCAGCAGACGCCUGGGCUGACAGGGCGGACUCCACAGCCUCCAUAUGGGAACCGACUGAGGGUGACACCAGCUGUUAGCUGCUGCUCUUGUUCUGCCUGAGCGUCCGUUCCCCAGUUUUUCCCUUGGUCCGUUCCUUAAAUCAGUCCCCAGCAUGAGUUCCUCUCCGCUGGUGUCCCGAGCCAACAUGGACAUCCUGGACGAGUUGCAGCUGAUCGCAGCCCAAAACCUGGAGCGGCUGGAAGUCAGCAAGUACUACGAGGUGAUCCGGGAGCUGGGCAAAGGCACCUACGGCAAGGUGGACCUGGUCAUCCACAAGAUCAGAGGGACAAAAAUGGCGCUGAAGUUCCUGAAGAAGAAGACGACGAAGCUGAAGUCGUUCCUGCGGGAGUACAGCAUCUCCCUCUACCUGUCUCCCUGCUCCUACAUCAUCAACAUGUUCGGCAUCGCCUUCGAAACUGACGAAUACUACGUGUUCGCACAGGAGUACGCUCUGGCGGGAGACCUCUUUGAUAUCAUUCCCCCACAGGUGGGUCUUCCUGAGGCGGUGGCGAAGCGCUGUGUGUACCAGGUGGCCAUCGCUCUGGACUACCUGCACUGUAAGAAGCUGGUCCACCGUGACAUCAAGCCCGAGAACAUCCUCAUCUUUGACAGAGAGUGUCGUAAGGUCAAGCUGUCCGACUUCGGCAUGACGCGCCGCGCCGGCUCUCCCGUGAAAAGAGUGAGCGGCACUAUCCCCUACACCGCCCCCGAGCUCUGCGACGUGUCCCGCCACGAGGGUUUCUGCGUGGACUACAGCACCGACGUCUGGGCCUUCGGCGUGCUGCUCUUCUGCAUGCUGACUGGAAACUUCCCCUGGGAGAAGGCGCUGCCCUCGGACUCCUUCUACCAGGAGUUCAUCCGCUGGCAGAGGAGGAGGACGAACACGGUGCCGUCGCAGUGGAGGCGCUUCACCGAGCAGGCCCUCCGCAUGUUCCGCCGCCUGCUCUCCGUGGAGCAGGACCGCCGCUGCUCCGUCAAAGAGGUGUCCGAGUACUUCAGCCACUCCUGGAUGCUGGACGCAGAGAACAACAACAACAACGGCAACACGGGAGGUGGAAGUGGUGGAGAGAGGGUUGGCGGCGGAGGGGGAGGAGGUGGAGGAGGAGGAGGAGGAGGAGUGCGAGGAGAGGUGGAUGGCACUAUCUCCUCAUCUUCCUCCGGGGAGGAAGAUGAGGAGCUCCUGGUGGAGAGGAUGAAGCAGCAGACUUUAUCUCCUUUCUCUCCCAUGUCUCCGGUGGCGGUGGAGAGGGGGAGCGGCGGCGGGGGAGGGGCCAAGGGCGGGGUGAUGGAACCGGGUGGCGGCCACCACUACGUGUCCGUCUCCACCAACAGCUCCGUGUCGUCCACCAACAGUUACGACCGCAUGCCGCGAGAGAACAGUUCACCGGGCGGCCGCAUGCUGGUGGCCACGCCCAUCGAGAUCUGUGUCUGAGCACCGACGUCACAGACUCACACACACACACACACACACACACACACACACACACACACACUUUUAUACCUCUCAUCAAACACGUAGAUGUGCAUGCAUGGAAACACAGACAAUACUAACACGUAUCCCGUUGUAAACAUGGUGGGGAUGGAAGAGCAGCGCGUGGCGGACUUCAGAGAGCAGACGCUCCUCGCCACGGUUUUGGUUCAGAGACUCCGGAGGAGCCUCGUCUUCACGGCGGAGCUGAAAACCCCCGGAGGGAAAAAACGAAAAAGCAGCUUCCAUUAGAGAUCCUGUCACUAAAUCCAUCUGAGAAGACCAAGACCAAAACGUAUUUCUUAAAGCAAUACUUCCAGCAGAAACAUCAGAGACAGAAAGUGUCAGAGAGCCGAGCGAUCGAAGCCGAGCGUCACAGGAUUUGUAUUUUUGAAGAAGACAAAAACAGUUUGAGGAAAAACCUUAAAAAAAACUAAACAAAGAUGAGUGAGUGGCGGUUUUAAAUGUUUCAUGUGUAACACAAAUGUGAACGUGUGUGUGUGUGUGUGUGUGUGUGUGUGUGUGUUCUGUAUGUAUCCAAAAGAAGUGGAUUUAUUUUGCUUUGAGAAUUUUAUUAUUUAUUUGAAUCUAAAAAGACAACGCUCUAUUUUUUCUAUUGUUUUUUGUUUGUUUUUUUGGAAAGUAGCUUUUCUUUGUUUUCUGUUGUAACUCUGUUUUAGACCGAAUCCACUUCAGCUUGUUGAUUUUCAUGUUGGGAUCAGAUGCACACGAGCUGCAGUGGUUUGUACCGGUCGACACAUCUGGACUGAGCGAAGGUUGAUGAUGUCUCUGUUCUUCAUGACAAACGAAUCUACUUCACCGUUCAAAGGCUGUUUCUUAUUCGCUCUGGAAAUUCAGUUUGUCCCGUAAAGCUUCUGUUUCAGGUUCAGUUUGUAUUUUUCAUGUUUCUGAUUCUGUUCUCUUUGAAACUUCUAACGCAAAGUAUCGUCUGAAAAGAAAAGAGUAACGGUCUGGGUGUCAUCAGAUAAUCCGUAAUUCAUUUGAAAAAACAAAAACCCAAAUCUGUUAUUUGUUUUAAAAUAAUGUUUUUUUGUGUCAAAAUCAAAAAACGAAAAACCAACAAAAAUGGUCUGUUUUUAGUUUUAUCAUUAUUUUAGUUUGAAACCAAGUUCACAUGGUUUUAUUAAGAUUUUUAAUUCUAAACAAAAAACGCUUCAAUUUUGUUUUUUUGCAAAUUAAUUUUUUCAAAUUUCAUGUCGUAGAUGAGAAACAGGAAGAGGAAGUGAAGUGUAAAAAAGUCAAAAUAAAAGCCAAGCGGACAUAUUCAUAUGAAUGAAUGAAUGAAUAAAUAAAUGCAUACAUUUAUGCAUUUAUUUAUUCAUUCAUUCUUAAUGUUACACUUUUAUGUCCUCUUGGCUUUUAUUUUGACUUUUUUACACUUCACUUCCUCUUCCUGUCUGUCCACUACUACAUGAAAUUUGAAAAAAUGAAUUUGCAAAAACCAAGAUUGAACCAUUUUUUGAAUCAGAUUUUGUGGCUUUUUGUUUGGAAACAAAAAAAUGAAUCGAGGACGUGAUUUCACUUUUUGUUUUUGGUUUCUACUUAAAUAAAAAUAAAAACAAAAACAGACUUUGAUUGUUUUUUUGUUCUUUUGAUUCUGACACCAAAAACUUUUUUUCUGUUUUGGUUUAGAAACAAAAAUCAGAUUUACAUUUAUUUUUGUGGUUUUUAAUUAAAAUGAAUUACAGAUUAUCUGAUGAGACCCAGACCAGAAACCAUCACUUCACAUCUCCAAUUCAAUCUGAAGAAGAAGAAAAAAAAGAAAAAGAAAAUCAUGUGACAUGUGACAGAGCCACCUUUUAUAAACUGCAUGACAAGUAGCUCAAACUUACCUUUACGAAAAAUUUGAACCGGCUUUACAACAAAAAAACAUGGAAAAAAAACAUGAAAAAAAAAAGAUAAAAAGAAUCAUAAAAUGUUGUGAUGUGGAGUUUUUGCCGUAGCAGUUUCUUCAUCACCGUCCUGAUCUCUGGAGACGUCCUAGGGCUGAAAAAAAAAAUUAACAAUAAUUAGUUUCUAUUCAGUGUGCUGUAUUUGUAUUGCUAUUAAUGUCAUGGUCUCAUCUCACCACCUCCAAGAACAGAAAAAAAAGCAAAGCAUGAGGAAGUGAAGCGACAGACUUGAAUUAAAAUCACAGGUCGGGAGUCAGAUGAUUAUUUUUAGAGAUUUUUGCCACAUUCAUGAGGAAGUGUGGCUCUAAUUUUUUUUGUUACCAAUUUAAAAUUAACAGCAAAAAAAGUAACCCGCUCCUCUCCUUGACUGAUCCUGAACAUUAGCUGAGUAAUUUGAGGUCAUGUACAGGAAUGGACGUUCUGUGUGUUGUUUUCCUAAAAGACCUAAAUCUGCAUGAAUCUGUAUGUUGUGUUGUAAAAACCUGCUCAGUGUUUCUCCCGUCACAGGCCGUAGUGCUCUGCAGAUGUAGUGUAGCUGCAGACAACAUGUUUCUUUACGCUGUGAGAGUCGGUGGCCCUCAGCUCAGAUCUGCCUGACUGAGGAUCGGCUGAACCCGGAUCAGCUCUUACACAAAACAUUGGGAGUCAUGUUCCUCAAAGCUGCUCCCGGAUCAGCCAGCGAGUAUGUAAACUACUACAUCUUGUGACAAUCUCUGACCUCAUCAGCAGCCUUCUGACUCAGAACAAUGGACCGCCCUGACACAGACACCGUAGUCAUGCUGUUUGCUCUCCAUCGGCCAGCUGCAAGCGGCGCCGGCUCCGUCAGCUCCAGGGAGGCCGUUCACAUGACCAUAUGAAGAGUGGAUGCACAGGCCUGUACAUUACCUCAUCAUGUCACUCUUCCUCUGCAUUAACCAUUCACCACAAAACCACCCGGCUUCCUCCCAGAUGUACCUACAGACCAUCAACUGUCCAUCCCAACAAACCGAGAGGUGGCCACAACAAAUCACAAGUAACAUGUUAUUUGUUCAAAUUAAUUGGAACGUAACCCACAAACCCUAAUUAUAAAAUAUAUAGCAGAUGGGCUUGAUCCGAUAUUCAAUAAUAUCAAAUAUCGCAAUAUUUCCCGCCAUAUGCAACAUUUUUCAUGAUAUCGGAAACAUCUUUUUGCAGUUCUGCAGCUUUGCACAGUCUGUCCUGCUGCCACAUCCGUCCAAUCAUUCCACUGCUUUUCCUACUGCACAUUGUACAUCGGCAUGUGACAAAUAAAACUUUGAACUGCCUCAGUGGCAGCAUCACUUAAACCUGAAACAUAAAAUACAAUAAUAUAAUGAUAAUUAUUAUAAAAAUUGCGGUAAAAUCUAUCGUAAAUAUCGUAUAUCGCAAUAUUUGGGCUGGACGUAUCGAGAUAUUAAAUUUUGGAUGUCGCCCAAUCCCAAUGGCAGAAUUGAGAUUCUCUGUGCCUCCACUGCCUCAGUUAGCAUCAAGCUAUCAUCUGACUUCAGAUUUGAUGCUGGACUUUUGCAGUAACCGGCUUUUAUCCACCUACUGUUUUUCCAUCUACGAUGUCAAACCCAAAAGGCUUCCACACAUCGCUUCUCACCCCCCUGCUGGAGUACAAGGCAAUGCCUUCUGUGCCUUACAUGGAUCAUUUUGAAUAUUAUUUUAAACAUGCUCAAGUCGUAGUUUAAUUUGAAAUAGACAGUGACAUCCCCUAGUGCGGAGAAUAGAAACUACACAGUAUCACCUUUCCUUUGGGUGCCACCUUUGAUGUGUGAAAAACCGGGGUAAUCCUGGGUAAUAAGGGAAACUUUCGUAUUUCUGCUACCAAUCAAAUAAAGGUACAGGCAUCGCCAUUGGCUAAUCAACAUUAUUCAUACGUUUACAUCCUCACUUUCAUGGACACAGGAUUGGACAGAACCAGGGAGAUAAAAACAAUAGAAGGAAACAAAUGAGGUUUUAUUUGAAACUGAAAUUCUAAAAUAGAAAUGCAUCUUCACAAAAACUGGGACAAUCUGAGUCAUGGGAAUAAAUAUUAAUUAUCCGGGACAGUCGCUCUAAAGAGAAAACAAUGACGGGAGGCAACCCUACCUUUCCUGCUAACAGCUGAGUUAGCUAGCCAACUUUUCUAACAUGGUGCAGGAGUUGAAAGCCGCCUGUGGAGAUUUUAUUUCAACAAACACAAUGUUGUAAUAUCGCUACGUGUCUUGGCGUGUCGCUGCCACCAGGUGUCAGCUGAACAGCAUAAAACCGAUGGCAGGAUGUGAGUUGCACUGCUUGCAUGUGCGUCCUCGCGCAGAGUACCUUUAAUUUUCCCCAAGAUUUGUCUUAAGUGGAAAAACGAGACUGUUGCACGUACACUGAAUGAGCAUGGUGUAUUUUACUUUUAUUCCUACAGUUCUUGGCUCGUUUCUUUGAAACAGGAAGAUUUGUCUUUAUUAGCCUACAAUGCUAUUAUUGGCUAAUUUAAAAAAAAAAAAAGUUACUUGAAACUAAAGAAGCAAGUUGAUUUUCGGGAUAAUUUUGGCAUAAUUUAAGCCAAGUUGAUUUUUUAAUUGUAAUGCAACAAUAAUACAGUUUUUAGAGGCUAAAUGAUUGUGGAUGAUGUAGUCGGAUGUCAGGAUGAAACACAACGUACCUGUUAGGAUCAGGUCCAGUACCUGCAGCUGAGGACACCUGAGCUCGGAGGAAGGAUGAGUCACACCGAUCUAUAAAUUAAGGGAUGCGUAUCUUUGCCACCUUCCCCCUUCCUCCUCCUCCUCUUCCUCCUGACGCCUGAGUCAGUCACUGCUGCCUCCUCAGCUCAUGCAUAACGUGCCGUGUUGUAAUGGAGUUUCAGUGUCUCUCUGUCCAGUGACACAUUUCAAAACAUCAUCAUUUCCGUGGCGUUUUAGUGAGUAGAUGACCACAGCACUAGAACUCGUAUCUGGUUCUGUCUUUGCAAUACAACUGUCUUCCUGUAAACUGAGAUUUAGUCAAUAAAAUGAGAAUUCUUGUUGGA